CAGAUGAACAGGAUAACAAAAGAUGAAUCUGGUUUCCCUUUGUCUUGGAUCGUUGCUAGAGAACCGUUGCUGGUAGGUUACCUGCAGUUACAACCACAAUUCCAUUAAAGCUAGACUCCCACAUGUCUUGUCUUCCAUGUCUAGGUUCUUUGCUGUGGAGAUCCGUUGCCGCUAAGCACGCGACCUCCACUAACUUAGGUUCUUUGAUAACGAUCCGUCGUGGACAAUUCCUGUGCCAGCAUGAACAAGAUGCAACUGCACUUAGCAAACAAGCAGAGUCAUGUGUCGCGACGACGUGGCCAUGACGGGGACGGUAGUGUCGAUGCCUUAUCUUGAAAGGCCAGAUCAGCAUGGGCGGGUUGCAAUACGAGCGAGCAUGCACAUUUGCAAGGCUAUGUAAUGGAGACUUUCACUGCCACUCAAGACAAAACAAGACCCGGAUAUCGCUGCAAGCACCCACGCAAUCUACCUUACCUAGGCUUGGUUGGUUGAGUGGUGAGACGUGUACUGAAGGGAGAGACAAUGAAGACAAAUAUGACAAUCAAUUUUAGUAGCUUAGUUCAGUUGCCAACAGCGGGUUACUCAGCUGUAGAAUAAUAACAACAACAAUAAAUAAUGUGGAUUGGAUCCAUGUUAGCAAAGGCAGAAGUGAGUGAGGGGGAGUCUCUCGCUCGCUACCUAUGCACCUCAGUAAAAGUGCGGUGCUGCGCAGUGCAGUGUAGCAUCUGCUAAUCAACGCCUCUCAUUUCCAAUUUCACUCCCACUCCCACUCAACGCAACGGCUGGCUCAUCUUUCAAUCCUUUCCCCUUCCCGUCAUUCUAUUUUCCAUCUCCAUUUCCAUUCCCCAAUUCUUCUCUACCUAUCUUCUCUUCUUCUGCUUCUCCCCUAACUCUCUUUGCCCACCUACCUACCUAUUCAACAUCUCAAUUUUACGAAAUCACCUCUCGUCGCCUUCAUCCGUAACCGUGGAGUUCAUUGAUUGACUGACCCUGGUUUCGGGGUUCCCAUCUCGUCGGCUGUCGUAUCGCAACCCAUCAUAUUUCCUUUUUUUUAUUACGAUUCCCCUCCCUGGAGGUCAAUCACCUGUUUCUCAUCCCUCCCGUUCCCUCUCCCGUCCGUCUGUGUCCACCGUGAACCAACCGAAUCUUUGGGGGCUUAAUCUCCAACCCUUGAACCUUGUGGUCGAUAAACUAUCUUCUCCUCGUUCACUUUCAACCAUAAUCUGCUCCUCUUCAUCCAACAACCGCCGCUGUAUCUGUAUCCGAGUGCCAUCAUCCAACCCCGGCCCGACCUUCUUGAGAUGCACCACGUACCGGCCUUGGAGCCAUCUUAUGGAGAAACUUGAAUCGCAAUCAGAUACCGAUAUCGAUAUCGAUAUGGGAGAUUCUAUCAGUGAACCUAUGGAUACGACCGAUGAUGGCCACACCGGCCCGCGUGCGCCUUGUCCUACCUCGAUUCCUGCAUCCGCCCUUUUACCUAUCCGAGAUAGUUAUACAUCACGAAGGAACGACCUCAGCGAUGAUCGAGACGAUGAUGCCGAUUCCGAUACAGAAUUUGCCUCCAUCAUGGCUACGUCCAUGCUGAACGGCAUUCUCAAUACCGCUUCCAAUCCUGUCUCUCCCGGCUCGUCCAGCCCUUCUCACGAUCAAGCCAAAACAUCCGAUUUCGUUCCUCCGACGAGACCGAGCAGUACACCAUUCCCUCACCCUGAUCGCCGACACUCCAAGCCAUGCUGCUCCAGCGGUUCUCCGCAUGGCGCCGACCACGAUACUCCCACUGACUCUACCGCUUUCCCCGAUAACGAGCCGGUGGUCCUUCCUCGCCCUAUAACCGACUUCAACCAGCUGCCAAUUGAGGUACAUGAAGCGAUACUGGAUCACCUAUUCGGAUAUCGAGUUUCCGCUACAUCGCGAAGUUCAAUGGCCGUAUCAAGUAUUACAAAGAGUUGGGGGACGGCACUUAGACAUUCGAGAAGAAGGGAGUUGACGGAAUUGGCGCUUGUGAGCGAUGUUUGGCGAAUUCUUGUUCAACAGCGGCUAUAUCGUCAUAUUAAACUAAAAGCAACUGUGGACUGCCUAGAAGAUGCUAUGGUUCACCUUGCUCUACACGAGCACCUGCAAUCAUAUGUCAAACACAUUGAGAUCUGGUUCCCUGUUUUCCAACCAACCUACGGACCUGUCGCUCUAUCGAAUACUCUGACGCUGCCUACGGUCACCAUGGAAGGACUGACUAACGCGACAUACACUUUACCCGGCAACAACUGUACCCUUGAGCAAGUGUUUCAAUUUGUCGGACAGACUUUACCCCAGGCCAGAGUCUUGACCCUAGAAGGAGGUGAGCGACGCAAGGCACCGAGAGUUCUUCACUUUCCCGAGCAGAGGAUCGAUCCGGCCAUCUACAAGCCGCUGCCUGUCCUCGAAUCGGUGCAGACUCUAGUCACGAGGGGCCAGUGGAAUCUUAUGCGAGAUGAUCAGGACUUUGCAACAGUUUUGAAUGCUUUACCAGGUCUUUACGAGUGGCAGGGCUCUUAUAGCAAACCAAAGUCAAAGAGCUAUAUUACUAUGGCCGAGUUCCUUCCAAAACUCCCACGUCACAUUACGAAUUUGAGUCUUUGCCUCGAGAGCGACUAUCGUCGAGAGGGGGUCAUGCCACCAUUCUAUUCGAAGGUCGUACAGAAGACGCACAUUUGUGCAAGGAUGGCCGAGGCGUUACCUUCAUUAGAGCAUUUCGCCUACACUGGCCGUGUUUGUCACCACUUUUUUGAUGUGGCUAUGCGGUCAACUGACCCACGAACUUCCCGACUCAAGACUCUGGACCUGACAGUCAAGAAUUGCUGUCGAUACAACACAAGCUUCCAUGAGGCUGGCUCUGGCAUUCAAGAUAUGGGCUUCAUCGAUGCUUUUGAAAAGUUGGUACUAUCUGCGAUUCGAUCACUGGAAAAGCUCAAGGAAGUGGUUUAUCUGAGGAUUCGGUUUGUUGAUCUUGACUCCGUACUACCCCCUCUCAACCCAUUUUUCAUUAUGCGCAAGGGUGCCUGCUCUGGCGUCUGGAGCGAGAGGAUUUUGGCCGAGAUGGGUCGCGUACGCCCUGAUGUUCAUUUUCCAGAGCUGAGUGAAUCCUUUGGCAACAUUGUGUACAACAAGGACGGAAGAAUGGUCAUCACACCUGACCCCCCGAGGACGAAGAUUGCAUCACUCAAGUUGUCGAAUUAUCGAUCUCUUGCGACAGGCAUCACGAUUCAGUGAGAAAUGCAUGCCAAUUUGAAAAACUAUGGAUCUCAAACCGCAGAAGACAGCCAGAAGAUCGGCACGGCUGGAUUAUACAUAUGAUACAUCACUCUUUAUGUUUUGAGACGGCGUUCAAGGUUUGGAACUAUGGAAAGGAAACUGUUAAUUGAAACCACAUACCCAGGAGAUUGGGAGUUAUGAGGGCGCAUGUAUACACGGGAACCGCUGGCAUGGCUUUACUUGGCUUUGAGAAGAAUUUGCUUGGGAUCUGUUGAAAAGUCACGAAAUGGAAGAGAAGACGGUGAGGUAAUUUAUCUCAGGGGAUGCGAGCUUCCAUAUACCCUCUACGAUACUGGCGAUUUGGUAUUAUAAUCGAUGAAUAAGAUUGUCUGAACAUUUAUGCUGUCUUCAUCAUCAAAAAAAUAUCCAUGCUUACUACACCCUUUCUUUUGUUUUUCAAAUUUCUGAAAGGGGGACAAUAGUGUGGCUCUUAUUCGACGUGGAACUUAAUGGUUGAUCGUGUUGACUGAGCAGCGCCGUCACUGAUGAUGACACCCAGAAUCCAGCAGUUGACUAGGAAAAAGCCGAGCGAGGCCAGCCAAAGGCCUGGGAAGAAAGUACUGAUGCCGAGAAACUCGAGCUGGUAACCUUGUUGCAACCAGGCAGCUUGGGAGACUACCCAGAGCAACAGAGCUGAGAUGCCUAGCUUAGGGCUACGGAGGAAAGAUGAGUUGGGCAAAUAAAGUGGCAAAAAGAUCAUGUACCAGAGGAAGUACUGAUGAUAUGUUAGUUGAUGGACGAGCAAUAAGGAUGAGGAUGACUGACUUGGGAGGUACAGACUUUGUUAAACGUAACAAAGGCAAAUGUCUGAGCCAUCAUGGCUGUUGCAAGAUCGCGCUUGGCGAUAGCGAGAGGAAUGAGAACACAAGAUAGAAGAAGUUGAGGGAGGAAGGCGAACGACUCGAUACGGAAUGAAGGUGCAGCAUCAGCGGGAGUGGCAGAGGUGAGAUACAGCAGGACAUUGUAAGGCGAGAAGUUGUGACGGUGGUCGAUCCUUGUGACAUGGUGAAAAUAAGUAUGAACAAGGAACGGGGUCUCAUAACUGUGAGUUUGUUAGUUAUGCUGGCUCUGAUAUUUGUGUAUGAGGACUUACAUGGAGAACAUGAUGAGGUUGAGAAUCAUGAACGUUAUAAGGCUGAGAAGUCCAAACUUGAGGCGAUCCGGCGUGAAAAAGUUUGAGACUGCUUCCUUGUAUGAUGAAGGACGAGUAGCGGCCUUUGUCUCUUUUCCUAAAUGAGCAUCGUCCAUCCACCAUACAAUAGCUGGUGCAUAGAUGAAGGGGUAAAUCUUGAAGUGAACCGACACUCCCAGAAUGAUCGCGGCAAG